AAAAAUUAUGGUGACAUUUACUCUUUUUGAAUCGUUUUUCAUUGCAUUUAUUUAGAAAAAUUAUUAAAAUGGCUUUAAUGCCAGAAGUGCUAAAUAAUCUCAAAGUUCUAUUCAAUAAUCUGAUAAAAUGUCCGAAAUACAAUAAAAAGGACAACGAAAACCAACAAUCGGGCGACUCAAACAUAUCCGGAGACAAUUGGGAAAAAAAUGUUGAAAACAUUAUAGAGACCAUUGAUGAACAUCUACCAAAGGUUGAAACUGGUUCGGACGACUUCAUACGGCUGCUCUCGAUGAAAGCAUCGAUUUUAUAUGAAAAAGCUAAAAUAUACUUGAACAGUGAAAUGUUGGAUAAGACACAAGAUGUAUUAAUCAAUGCUUUGAACAUCAUUGAACAUUUUGCAAAGAAUCCGAAAAUGACAUUUUUGUAUUUGAAGAUCAUUAAUCAUUUAUCUUAUUCCCUCUCUAGAAAAGGUGACACUGAAAAAGCCAAAGAAUUGUUGGAGAAAGUGCUUGAAGAAGACAUCGAGACUCCGAUCCUCUUCAACACCGAAGAUUUGUUUAAUGACGUAGAAACUGAUCAGACUUACGUGGAUUAUAAGUUCAACAAGCUUAUGGUCAACAACAUGCAAAUCUUAAGUUGGAUUUAUGGCAAGUUAGGCUUGUACGAUUCACACACUGCCAUGCAACAUAAAACACUACAACGAUUGUUGGAGUAUCAAGAUUUUGAUAUUCUACAGUGGACAUCGAAAUGUUGUCGACUCGCUUCUUUAUUCUUAACUCAAUGUCAAUGGGUACAUGCUAGAUAUCAUCUUAGUGCCGCACAGACUCUUUUAGAUCACGUAGAACCAGCUGAUACCAAUGAAUCCAAUGAAAUUUUAAAGGGACAAGCUGAAUUAUCCAAAAGUUUCAUGAGUUAUGCCAUGCAUCUAUUUAGUAUGAGCAAAAAGAUGAUGAUGGAAAACGCUUAUUAUUCAGGAUUUUCGAAUUUUACUCCCAAUUUUGAUGAGGGAAUAUCUCCCGAGGAGCCCCUACCUGAGUCUUUUGAAUUCGACGGAAUCGACGUAAAAAUUUUACAAAUACCAGCCUCUCAAAUCACCACGACUGCCCAAGCCAGAAGGAUGGCUCAGUACGUAAACAAGUGGAUACAGAGAAUCCAACUAUACUACAAUCUUAGAGAUUUCCCAAGCGAGUUCAUUAACGCUGUACUGGAUCUCAGCGAGGUGUACAAACAUUUAUCAUUUUUUGAAACCGAUUUAGAUUUUCAAUACACCGUGCAAAGAACAAGGUCCGACUCUUUGGAAAACCUGUGCGAAUGUUUAAGAGAAAUUAGACCCAAUAGUUACAUUUCUAUAAGUGUUGAUCUGUUGCGUGAAAUGGCCGAAGUACAAAUUGAUCUAAUGACCAUUAAUUUAAAAAGACUGCAUCAGUCUGAGAAAAUGUCCUCUUCUUCUGAGAACAUCAAAAAACGUGUGGCAGCAGUUUCGGCAAUUCACAAAAAAUUGGAAGAAGUUAGUGAAAUAUUAAACGGCAUGGAUUUGGUGACUGUUUAUGAGAAUCCCGAAAUAAAAAAUGUGAUGGUUGUUGAAGAGCACUUGCCUAAAAAGUGUUCCUCUCAAGGAGAUAUUCCAAAAAUCAAUGUCGAAGAAAAGACAUCAAAAAUCGAAUUGGAGGGCAACAAUUCCCUGACCGCUGUUACUGAUGAAAUCGACAAGUAAUUUUUCCACAAUUUUCAUGCGUACCUACAUUUUUUGUUUAAUUUGUAAAUUUGUAGUUAUUAUGAGCCUGUUUUGAUUAUAUGUUGUCAUAUUUCUCAUUAAUAAAAAUAUUUCUGGAGACAAUAAUUUGCCUCAUCACUCU